CCGCAGCCCGCGUUCCCGACCCUCGGGCCCGCUUGAGCGCCUGCAGCCCCCGGCCGCCGAGCGCUCAGUGCCGGCGGGGAGCGCGCGAGUCCGCGCCGAGGAGGAGAUGGAGAGGCCGCGUCCCAGCCCGUGGGCCAGGCUGCUGCUGGCAGCCCUGCUGAGCGCCUGCCUCCCCGGGGACAUGGCCAACCGCUGCAAGAAGGCCCAGGUGAAGAGCUGCACAGAGUGCAUCCGUGUGGACAAGGACUGCGCCUACUGCACGGAUGAGAUGUUCACAGAGCGGCGCUGCAACACCCCGGCCGAGCUGCUGGCGGCUGGCUGCCGGCAGGGCAGUGUGGUGAUCAUGGAGAGCAGCUUCCAGAUCACAGAGGAGAGCCAGAUCGACACGGAGCUGCGGCGCAGCCAGGUGUCCCCCCAGGGCAUGUACAUCCGGCUGCGGCCCGGCGAGGAGAGGCACUUUGAGCUUCAAGUCUUCGAGCCCCUGGAGAGCCCCGUGGACCUGUACAUCCUCAUGGACUUCUCCAACUCCAUGUCCGACGAUCUGGACAACCUCAAGCAGAUGGGGUCGAACCUGGCCCAGGUCCUGAGCAAGCUCACCAGUGACUACACCAUCGGCUUUGGCAAGUUCGUGGACAAAGUCAGCGUCCCACAGACGGACAUGAGGCCUGAGAAGUUGAAGGAGCCCUGGCCCAACAGUGACCCUCCAUUCUCCUUCAAGAACGUCAUCAGCCUGACCAAGGACGCGGAUGAGUUCCGGGACAAACUGCAGGGAGAGCGGAUCUCGGGCAACCUGGACGCCCCGGAGGGCGGCUUUGACGCCAUCGUGCAGACGGCUGUGUGCACGAGAGCCAUCGGCUGGCGCCCCGACAGCACCCACCUGCUGGUGUUUUCCACCGAGUCGGCCUUCCACUACGAGGCCGACGGGGCCAACGUCCUGGCUGGGAUCAUGAACCGCAAUGACGAGAAGUGCCACCUGGACGCCACGGGCACCUACACCCAGUACGGGAGCCAGGACUACCCGUCCGUGCCCACCCUCGUGCGCCUGCUCGCCAAACACAACAUCAUCCCAAUCUUCGCUGUCACCAACUACUCCUACAGCUACUACGAGAAGCUGCACACGUAUUUCCCCGUGUCCUCGCUGGGGGUGCUGCAGGAGGACUCGUCCAACAUCGUGGAGCUGCUGGAGGAAGCCUUCAACCGCAUCCGCUCCAACCUGGACAUCCGAGCCCUGGACAGCCCCCGAGGCCUGCGGACAGAGGUCACCUCCAAGAUGUUCCAGAAGACAAAGACUGGGUCCUUCCACAUCCGGCGGGGGGAGGUGGGCACGUACCUCGUGCAGCUGCGGGCGGUGGAGGACGUGGAUGGGAAGCACGUGUGUCAGCUGCCCGAAGAGGACCAGAGAGGAAACAUGCACCUGAAGCCCUCCUUCUCCGACGGGCUCCGCAUGGACGUGGGCAUCAUCUGUGAUACGUGCGCUUGUGAGCUGGAGAAGGAGGUGCAGUCGGCGCGCUGCGACUUCCACGGAGACUUCAUGUGUGGCCACUGUGUGUGCAAUGAGGGCUGGAGCGGCAGCACCUGCACCUGCGCCACGGGCUCACUGAGCGACAUCGAGCCCUGCCUACGGGACGGCGAGGACAAGCCGUGCUCGGGCCGCGGCGAGUGCCAGUGUGGCCGCUGCGUGUGCUACGGCGAGGGCCGCUACGAGGGCCAGUUCUGCGAGUACGACAACGUGCAGUGUCCCCGCACCUCCGGGGUGCUGUGCAAUGACCGAGGCCGCUGCUCCAUGGGCCAGUGUGUGUGCGAGCCCGGUUGGACGGGCCCCAGCUGUGACUGUCCCCUCAGCAACGCCACGUGCAUUGACAGCCACGGGGGUAUCUGUAACGGGCGUGGCUACUGCGAGUGUGGCCGCUGCCACUGCCACCAGCAGUCGCUGUACACGGACACCAUCUGUGAGAUCAACUACUCGCUGAUCCCCCUGGGCCUCUGUGAGGACCUGCGCUCCUGCGUGCAGUGCCAGGCCUGGGGCACGGGGGCGAAGAAGGGGCGGACGUGCGAGGAGUGCAGCUUCAAGGUCAAGAUGGUGGAUGAGCUUAAGAGAGCGGAAGACGUGAUCGGGUACUGCUCCUUCCGUGACGAGGACGACGACUGUAGCUACAGCUACACCGUGGAGGGCGACGGCACCCCCGGGCCCAACAGCACCGUCCUGGUGCAUAGGAAGAAGGACUGCCCGCCCGGCACCUACUGGUGGCUCAUCCCCCUGCUCAUCCUCCUGCUGCCGCUGCUGGCCUUGCUGCUACUGCUCUGCUGGAAGUAUUGUGCUUGCUGCAAGGCCUGCCUGGCCCUUCUCCCCUGCUGCAACCGAGGCCACAUGGUGGGCUUCAAGGAAGACCACUACCUGCUGCGGGAGAACCUCAUGGCCUCCGACCACCUGGACACGCCCAUGCUGCGCAGCGGAAACCUCAAAGGGCGGGACACCGUCCGCUGGAAGAUCACCAACAACGUGCAGCGGCCCGGGCUCGCCACCCACACGGCCAGCACCAACCCCAGCGAGCCGGUGCCGUACGGACUGUCCCUGCGUCUCGCCCGUCUCUGCACCGAGAACCUGCUGAAGCCGGACACGCGGGAGUGCGCCCAGCUGCGCCAGGAAGUGGAGGAGAAUCUGAACGAGGUGUACAGACAGAUCCCAGGUGCACACAAGCUCCAGCAGACCAAGUUCCGGCAGCAGCCCAACGCCGGGAAAAAGCAAGACCACACCAUCGUGGACACAGUGCUGAUGGCGCCGCGCUCGGUCAAGCCGGCUCUGCUGAAGCUGACAGAGAAGCAGGUGGAGCAGGGAGCCUUCCACGAGCUGAAGGUGGCCCGCGGCUACUACACCCUCACUGCCGAGCAGGACGCCCGGGGCAUGGUGGAGUUCCAGGAGGGCGUGGAGCUGGUGGACGUGCGGGUGCCCCUGUUCAUGCGGCCUGAGGACGACGACGAGAAGCAGCUGCUGGUGGAGGCCAUCGACGUCGCCGCGGGCACGGCCACCCUGGGCCGCCGCCUGGUGAACAUCACGGUGAUCAAGGAGCAAGCCAGUGGGGUGGUGGCCUUCGAGCAGCCCGAGUACCUGGUCAGCCGGGGGGAGCAGGUGGCCCGUGUCCCUGUCAUCCGGCGCACCGUGGACAGCGGCAAGUCCCAGGUGUCGUAUCGCACGCAGGACGGCACGGCAAAAGGCAACCGGGACUAUGUCCCCGUGGAGGGCGAGCUGCUGUUCCACCCCGGGGAGACCUGGAAGGAGCUGCAGGUGAAGCUCCUGGAGCUGCAGGAGAUGGACUCCCUCCUGCGGGGCCGUCAGACCCGACGCUUCAACAUCCAACUCAGCAACCCCAAGUUCGGGGCCCGCCUGGGCCAGCCCCAGUCGGCCACGGUCGUCAUCAGGGACCGAGACGAACUGGACCGGGACUUCGUGAGUCAGACCCUGUCAUCCCCGCCAUCUCGCGGUGACCUGGGCGCCCCACAGAACCCCAAUGCCAAGGCCGCUGGGUCUCGGAAGAUCCAUUUCAACUGGCUGCCCCCUCCUGGCAAACCAUUGGGCUACCGGGUCAAGUACUGGAUCCAGGGUGACCCCGAGUCCGACGCUCACCUGCUGGACAGCAAGGCGCCCUCGGUGGAGCUCACCAACCUCUACCCGUACUGCGACUACGACAUGAAGGUGUGCGCCUACGGGGCGCAGGGCGAGGGCCCCUACAGCUCCCUGGUGUCCUGCCGCACCCAACAGGAAGUGCCCAGUGAGCCGGGGCGCCUGGCGUUCAACGUCGUCUCCUCCACGGUGACCCAGCUGAGCUGGGCUGAGCCCGCAGAGACCAACGGCGAGAUCACAGCCUACGAGGUCUGCUACGGCCUGGUCAACGAGGACAACCGACCCAUCGGGCCCAUGAAGAAAGUGCUGGUGGACAGCCCCAAGAGCCGCAUGCUGCUCAUCGAGAACCUGCGGGAGUCCCAGCCAUACCGGUACACGGUGAAGGCCCGCAACGGCGCCGGCUGGGGGCCUGAGCGUGAGGCCAUCAUCAACCUGGCCACCCAGCCCACGCGGCCCAUGUCCAUCCCCAUCAUCCCAGACAUCCCCAUUGUGGACGCCCAGGGCGGGGAGGACUACGAGAGCUUCCUGAUGUACAGCGACGACGUGCUGCGCUCGCCCGCCGGGAGCCAGAGGCCCAGCGUCUCCGAUGACACUGAGCACCUGGUGAACGGCCGGAUGGACUUUGCCUUCCCAGGCAGCGCCAACUCCCUGCACAGGAUGACCACCGCCAGCAGCAGCUACGGGACCCACCUGAGCCCCCACCUGCCACGGAGCGUGCACAGCGCGACCUCCACCCUCACCCGCGACUACCACUCACUCACCCGCACCGAGCACUCCCACUCGGCCACACUGCCCCGCGACUACUCCACCCUCGGCUCCCUCUCUUCCCACGGCCUCCCUCCCAUCUGGGAACACGGGAGGAGCAGGCUCCCGCUGUCCUGGGCCCUGGGGUCCUGGAGCCGAGCUCAGAUGAAGGGGCGCCUCCCCUCCAGGGGCUCCCGGGACUCUAUAAUCCUGGCCGCGCAGCCGGCAGCGCCCUCCUGGGGCCCAGAGUCCCGCCUGACUGCCAGUGUGCCUGACACACCCACCCGCCUGGUGUUCUCGGCCCUGGGGCCCACGUCUCUGAAAGUGAGCUGGCAGGAGCCACAGUGCGAGCGCGCACUGCUGGGCUACAGCGUGGAGUACCAGCUGCUGACCGGCGGGGAGCUGCAUCGGCUCCACAUCACCAACCCUGGCCAGACCUCUGUGGUGGUGGAGGAUCUCCUGCCCAACCACUCCUACGUGUUCCGCGUGCGGGCCCAGAGCCAGGAGGGCUGGGGCCGAGAGCGCGAGGGGGUCAUCACCAUCGAGUCGCAGGUGCACCCGCAGAGCCCACUCUGCCCCCUGCCAGGUUCCGCAUUCACUCUGAGCACCCCCAGUGCCCCAGGCCCGCUGGUGUUCACGGCCCUGAGCCCAGACUCAUUGCAGCUGAGCUGGGAGCGGCCACGGAGGCCCAACGGAAAUAUCCUCGGCUACCUGGUGACCUGUGAGAUGGCCCACGGAGGAGGGCCAGCCACCACGUUCCAGGUAGAUGGAGACAACCCCGAGAGCCGGCUGACGGUGCCGGGUCUCAGCGAGAACGUGCCUUACAAGUUCAAGGUGCAGGCCAAGACCACCGAGGGCUUCGGGCCGGAGCGUGAGGGUAUCAUCACCAUCGAGUCCCAGGAUGGAGGCCCCUUCCCUCAGCUGGGCAGCCACGCCGGGCUCUUCCAACACCCGCAGCAAGGCGAAUACAGCAGUGUCACCACCACCCACACCAGCACCACCGAGCCUUUCCUGAUGGAUGGCCUGACCCUGGGGUCCCAGCAUCUGGAAACAAGCAGCUCCCUCACCCGGCACGUGACCCAGGAGUUUGUGAGCCGGACACUGACCACGAGCGGGAGCCUCAGCACCCAGGUGGACCAGCAGUUCUUCCACACCUGAUGCCGACCUGCAGCGGCCUGGAGCCCGCGCCCCCUCCACGAUGCCCACUCUGCUACUGUGCCAGCGCCUCUGGCCACAGAGCAGGGAGUGGGAGGCGUGAAGGGGGCAGAAGGCCCUCUCACUGCCUCCCCCAGCCUCUGGACGUACACCCUUUUAUAACCAAAGAGCAGGGACCAGCACGGCAAGGUCCGGCCUCUCUUCUGCACUUAAUAAAAGACUUUGCUACUGCA